CCUCGGAGGAGAGCGAAAGCGCAACUCCGCCUCUCCUCUCCGAGGAACUCCAGAAGCGCCGGGAGGACGGGACAGGAAAGCUGCGCCAUCACGCCCGGCGGGACAACAUGAAGCCCGACGGAAAGGUGGUGCUGCUGGGCGACAUGAACGUGGGCAAGACGUCGCUGCUCCACCGCUACAUGGAGCGGCGCUUCCAGGACACCGUUAGUACCGUCGGGGGCGCCUUCUACCUCAAGCAAUGGGGCCCCCACAACAUCUCGGUUUGGGACACGGCAGGUCGCGAGCAGUUCCAUGGCCUUGGGUCCAUGUACUGCCGAGGAGCAGCAGCUGUUAUUCUCACAUAUGAUGUAACUAACUUACAGAGCAUGGUGGAACUUGAGGAUAGGUUCUUGGCAUUAACAGAUUCUGCCAGCCCAGAUUGUCUCUUUGUUAUUGCUGGGAACAAAGUUGACCUGACAGAUGUGUGUGCCUCUUUGCCGGAAACACAAGACAAGCAUCAAUUUGAGAAGCCCUCCAACAGUUCCAUUUCUACAAAGAUGAAAAAACAAGUCCAUAUGAAUGAUGCUGCAGCAUUUUAUAAGAAAAUCCUCAAGUAUAAAAUGUUGGAUGAGGUAAAUGCUCCAGCAGCAGAAAAAAUGUGUUUUGAAACUAGUGCGAAAACUGGUUAUAAUGUGGACCAUCUUUUUGAAACUGUAUUUGAAAUGGUAGUACCGGUAAUUUUGCAACAAAAAGCUGAAGGCUUGCCACAAACAGUAGACUUAAAUAACUGCAAGACUGUUAAAAACACACACACUGCAUGCUGCAGAUAACUCUGAAUGUAUUUUUACACCAAUUGAAGGACAGUGCAGAAAAGUGUUACAACAAUACAGAAGUGUUACAAUACUGCAAAAAGAAAUGUUGAAUGAAGACUAUGCAAAAAUAACAAGGCCAACCAGACAAACUACAUCUUCUAUCAGAAUGGAUUUUUGUAACAAUUAAAUGAUGUAAUGAGAAAAAAAAACUUCUGUGAAGGGGAGCUUGCAGUCAAUUAUUGAAAGCUUUUAAAGCCCAUUGUGAUUUUUUUGGCCCCCUCCACAUUAAAUUUAUGAUACUGUUUUA